AGUCUGCAAGAUGGCACCAAUGGAUGUGCAGAAGUUGCACUCCGUAUCAUGUACAAAAGGGAAAAUGAGUAGGAUUGGCUAUUAUGAACUUGAAAAGACUGUGGGAAAAGGAAAUUUUGCCGUUGUCAAACUUGCAACUCACAUUGUAACCGAAUCGAAGGUUGCCAUCAAAAUAAUAGACAAAACAAAGCUUGGAGAUGAAGUCAAUCAUCAAAAAGUAAUGCGGGAAAUUGAGGUAAUGAAGAGACUACGACAUCCACACAUCACAAGACUGUAUCAGGUGAUGGAGACACAAAGAUCUAUAUAUCUUGUCACAGAAUAUGCAGAGAGAGGAGAACUUUUUGAUUAUAUUGCCAAACAUGGACGGAUGAAAGAAUCGUUAGCAGCAGACAAGUUUCGUCAAAUGGCCGCUGCCAUAUCUUAUUGUCAUCAGAAGGGCAUUGUUCACAGAGACCUUAAGGCUGAGAAUGUAUUAUUUGACCAAAAUUACAAUAUAAAAAUAGCAGACUUUGGGUUCAGCAACUUCCACCUGCAGGGCCAGCCACUGUCAACGUGGUGUGGUUCCCCACCUUAUGCCGCUCCCGAACUCUUUGAGGGGAGACUAUACAAUGGCCCCAAGGCUGACAUCUGGAGUCUGGGCGUGGUGUUGUAUGUGCUGGUGUGCGGGUACCUGCCUUUUGACCCUCCAAACAUCGGAGAGCUGAGGAAUAAAGUUCUCACCGGCAUGUUCAGAAUACCGUACUUCAUGUCCACAGAAUGUGAAGAGCUCAUCAGAAAAAUGCUGCAGGUUGACCCUGACAGAAGACUGAGUUUGGCUCAAAUCCUGCAGCAUCGCUGGCUGGCACUGCACGGAGCCAGCAUGGGUCCAGAAGAUUGUGAGCGCCUGCAGCUGGAGUGUCGCGACGGCAGCGCCAGCGAACUCGUCAUAGAACAGAUCACCGCCAGGCUGGGCGUGGACAGGGACACGGUGCUCCAGUCAGUGGAAGGCCAGAAGUUUGACAGCCUGAGCGCCAUUCACGACCUCCAAGUGGACCGAAUAAGGCAGUACAGCAACGUGGUGGCGCAGCAGCCUUUAUUCUUGCCCACAUCCUUGCCUUCAUCGCUCUCUCUUGACGGGAGUAUACCGGGCGCCUCCACCUCACCUUCAUCACUGGACCUGUCGCCAGCAUCGCUCCAUAGUCUGCCGGUGCCUCCCCAAACUCUGGCCAGGAAAUCGUCCAUCACUACCGGCAUGGUAGGGCGCAACUCUCUGGACCUCACAUCGUCGUCAUCGUUGAUACCAGGCCACGACUCUCCCCUCACAGCAAACCUGAACCUCGUGGCGCCCCUCGACAAGCACACGUGGUCGGGCACAGAGUUGAGUCUCGACAGCGACGUUGAGGCUGAGAUGAUGGACGGGGAGCUCCCCCAGCAGCAGCCCUCCGCCCUGUACCCCACCACGGGGGUCGCUGCCAACCCGGGGGCGGCGCACAGCGAUGCCCAGAAGUAUUUGAGCUCCAGACGCCAUACAGUGGGCCCCAGUGACACCCUACACCAUCAGACAUUGAAUGCAGUACAGCAUUUCGGUAUGCUGAUGUCACCGCACUGGUCGCCCACCGUCGACCAGCCCGGCAACCCCAGCGUGUACUCCACUGCGCUGUCGGCCUUCAGAGGCCUCGGCAUCUCAGGACAAGCAGGUGUCAACGGAGUCCCUGGUGUGGUGCAUUACGAUUACUCCAGAGGCACCACUACUACUCAUGGUGGUACCAUGGUGCCCUUGGAGUACCAGCUUUCCCACAUGCACCACAUGCACCAAACCACCGCCACCUCCGCCAGUUUGCUGGGGGCGGAUGCUGGGGGCGAGGCGUCGUAUAGCAGGGGUGUCAUGUAUGGGCCCACGCCUGCGCAGUUCAUGCAAACGGGCGGUGCAAGAGGAGGGCCAUUUCUGGUCCCCCAAACUUACCAUAAAGAUCAACAUUUGCUCAAGCCUCCGUCCAUCCUUGAGUCUGCUGGUGGUUUUGGUCGUCGCGCUUCUGACGGCGGAGCAAACCUGCAGCCUCUGUACCAGCGCUCCCUGGCCUCCCCCUCACCCCCUCCUCCCCCCCUACGGUCGUCCCCUCACCACCACCAUCAUCAUCAACACCUUCACCAACACCAGCAUAUGCAGACCGACGUCCCGGACAUAGGCGGUGACAGCGGAGGAGGUGUUGGUGUGUGCUGCCCUAGUGGGGGUGGAGUGUGCUGCAGCAGCACGAGCAGCACGAGUGACUGCAGCAGUGACUGCAACACCCACAGCACCUCCACCACUGACAACUUGCUGCUCAUUUCACCUUCGUCUCCUGCUCAGCUCUUCAGAGAUGAACCCAUCGACCCCAACGAUGUGGCCAAGUGGGUUGCAUCUAGCACGAGUGACUGCAGCAGUGACUGCAACACCCACAGCACCUCCACCACUGACAACUUGCUGCUCAUUUCACCUUCGUCUCCUGCUCAGCUCUUUAGAGAUGAACCCAUCGACCCCAACGAUGUGGCCAAUAUUUUGGUUCCGCAUUUGUUGAUUAAUGGUGCAGUGAUAAGUCCCGAGCUGGUAUUGGAGGCGGAGGCUCGUAUGAACCAAUCGUAUUUACCUCUGCAUCAGCAACUCAAACGGCAGUUCAGCCAAGACAAUCAUCACAGGUUAGGACUUUGCAUACCUGAGGAAGACUUCGAUAGUCUUGAUGAAGACAGCUCUGGCAGAAGACUCCAGUCUUCAUCUCGUCACGCAGUUACCAGCCUAACUAAAGCCAAUGCAUCUACGGACCUUGCCAGCCUCGCGUCCGUUUAUUCUAUUGAGCCUCAUAUAGAAUCUUCAUCAAACGUGCUUUUAUCGUCCAAAAGCCGGGUUUCGUCGUCUCCGUCUGUUCGUAUCAAGAGACGAGCAUCCGACUCAGUGUGCUCGUUGCUAAGCGCCGCUUCUUCUUCUCUAAUGCGUGGUGGCAUCACGGCUGGAAGACCUCGUGAAAAUCUCGCUCUAAGCUCCCACCUCUUGCCCAACAUCAGUAUCUCUGAAUCCUGCAGCACCGGUGGCAUCACGUCCGGUAUGCCGGUCAUUAGAGGAAGGCGCAGCUUCGACAUGAGCGGCAGCAUUUCGGCUGGACGGCCUGUGCGCCGCGGAGGCCGAUAUUCAGAGAUCACUGCUCCUAGAAUCGACCAUUUAGACCCAGACCUGCUUGGAAAUUUGCCUGGAGUUCCUGACAUGCACAACAGUAAUACCAGCUCGUGUGAUUCUCUUCCAAACAACAAUUUGUGCGAUGGUGACAGGUUGUCUUUCAUGGCCACGCGUAACUCUGCGUCUUCCUUCACCAUAACCGGUGGUAUUACAGCCGGCUUGCCGGUUUGUUCUCCUUGCGAUACUUCCUUACCCUCCAUUGUAUCUGGUCUUCCUGUGUGCGAUUCAACGGUAGCUGGUAUCACCUCAGGCACUCCAAUGAUUCAUUUACGUGACUCCGUUAGUCACGGAAUCGUGUCUGGGAUCCCUCCUCAUUCAAAGGCUCCUUGUCUACAAGAUUCUGGAUUCUCCGCCAAUUUUCUAUCCUUAUUGAACACGAGUGAAAGUUCUGGUAGCAGACUGGACCCCUCGCCUGGUAUCAUGUCUGGUCGUCCUGUAAGGCGGAAUGACAAUCUUGAUUCUUCGUCAAUCCCUUACAACAAUUGUGAAGCUUACGAAAGUCCUCGUCCACUGCUACGGUCGCCUUCGCGUAGAUCCUUGGUCAAUGAUUCCUCAUCACCAAGCUUAGCGCAGUCCCUCCACGCAAUGGAGAUCAGCGACUAUGAUGUGACUCGUGAUAGCAUAGGCAACAUUAAGAACCUGGCUUCUGAUGCUGGGACUAACAGUAUUUCAUCGUUGGAUAUUAACGCAAAUAAGGACACUGUACUAAUGGAUGAUAUCUCAGAGUUCAAUAGCGAAAACACCAAUCAGGGUUACAAUGUUAUGAAUUUUAAUGUUCCUCAAGAUUACUAUGGAUCAGAAGCCAAUUCUAGCACUACUACCGAGGAGUCUUCUUUGAGUAGUCAUAACUCAGCCACAGGGCUUUCGUCAUUAGAAAGUCCUGCAGUCGUGUUUCCGAACACAAUCUCUGGUCAUUAUUCUGUACAAGCUCCUGUUGACUUUCGGGGUUCAAUGUUGCCUGGUCAUAUUGAUAGUCCCAGAUUCGGGUCGGGUUCGCCAGUGUUGAAUUCUUCGGGUAGUAUUUCUCCAUCUCAAGUUGUUCUGACUAGUACUCCACCAACUCCACCUGCUGGUUCCGGUGAUUAUUAUAUCAAUCUCAAUGAUGGUCGCAACAAUAGUUACGAUUCUGGUGUUUCUGCUUCAACUCUUUUAAGCUCUCAAAGCAGUGAUCCUGCUCUUAAGGAACUCUUGUUAAGUUGGCAGAAAUCUCAGCCGUGUUUUGCUCCUUGCUCGCCAUCAUCUCCGUCCACAUCCCAUAGCUUGUCACAGCAGGUGAGCCACAGCAAGCAACAGUCAUCUCAAGCUGCUGGCAGCAAGCAACAGUCACCGUAUCAGCGGCCCAGAACUGGCGGUAAACAGCCCCGGCAGCGUCGUACGGGCUUGGCCACGGUACUUGAAGUCGAGCGAACGCGGCCCAGCGAAAGAUUCAACCCCAUGCCAAUGUCGGAAACUGAAGGCCCCGCGUUCAGUCUUGCUCCUCCUGAUCAACGCAACUUGCUGUUCGCGAUUUUUUUCUUUUUGAGACGUCGCCUUGUAUUCAAUUCAUCUCAGCUGAAACGCCCCAGACUCUUCGAGAGGCAUCUUCAAUGUAGGGACAGGAAGCCACCAACCACUUCAUUUGGGAGACAACGUUCAACAGGAGGUGGAGGGAGCCGUGAAAGCUUCAAAGAAGCGUCGAGUCUACACUACGCCAGCGACCGCUACUCCCCCAUAGGGAGACGCUCCAGUGACACCACCAUCAGCCUUUCUGACAUCAACACAGAGUUCCACUACCUGCAGAAACACAGCAGAGCCAGUGCGGAGCAACAUCAGCAGCAGCUGCUACAACGAACCCGACAUCCAUCACCGAACUCGAGCCAAACAUGCUGCUCUCCUCCGACAACUCGCCUCCACACCCCGUCACCUUCUCCACCCAACCUUCAUUCGUCGUCACUCAACACUCCCCCUAGUACGGCCCAUUCUUCUCACCCUAACUCUAUUCUUCCCCUUCCCGCCUCCAUCCCACCGUUUUGCUCUCCCGCCUCAAAUGCUGUUAGUGUCAUCGUCCCGCCUAUCAACUUCAACCCGCCAUCCCUGAUCGUGCAACAACCAUCCAGCAUCGGGGGCGGAACUGAUGGAAGCAAUGAAGGAUUUCUCUUCCACCCACAGCCUCAGUUUUAUCAACCGCGGUGUCUUCACCCAACGCUGCUCUCACCCGCUGCUAGCCGGCCUUCUACUCCCUCCUCGUCUUCACCCUCCCCCACGCCGCUCUCCAGACCUGGAUCCCCCCACCUCGUUGGCGCGUGCGUGGAGGGCGCAGCUGACGGGCUUCGUCAGCUGCAACUGCAACACGUCUCGCCUGAACUGUCCCCUCUGCCUCACGCCUCUCCUUGCACGUCGCCUCGGCCUGGACCGUCUCCACCUCCAAUUUUGAGCUGCAUUACCGAGGAGCCCGUCAAGAUCUCGUUUCAGAAGAAUCCUCAGAUAUCCGUCACUGAUGAAACUGGAGGCCAGUUUCUUUUGACGUCUUCCGGGUCGUCCCCAGAAGACCCUGCCAAUGCAAUGGACACAGAAGGCAUCGAUCAAAGUGUCGGCGACAGCGCGUUGCGACAAUCCCUGAUUGCGAUGACUCAACAACUAUCACCGCAUAUCCACCUUGUGGCUUCGUUGUCGUCACCCUUACCUGGAUCGCCGUCGCGGUCGCGUGGUUCGUCUCCUACAUCCAUGUCGGUGCUCUCAAAGUCGUCUUCUUUAUCUUCAUAUCCAUAUCCAUCACCACAGUUGUCCCCUCGUCACUAUGCCUCAAAGGUGCUCAAGGGUUUCAGUCUUGAUGAUUACCCACUUCCUUGCGACAACGACCGACCUUCCAUCACUCGAGGCACCUGUGGCCCCGUCAACGCUGCAAAAAAAUUCCAGUCGCAACCUGCGCCUGUACCGUUACCCAUUCCGGUGCAGCCUUUUACCUCCUCGGAACAGCUACCCUUCCAGGCAUUACUGGACAAUUACAAUUCAAAUCCUGCAUCGCCUCAACCGACGUCACGCCCUUCGUCUCGGAAUGAGCGAAAUCUUAUUCGGCAAGAUGCCAUCAUCGAACCUACGUUACGAGACACCUCUAGCCAAAGCUCAUUUGAAGGCGGGAACGCUCGGUCGCGUCACCAAAUUUUCAUUACAAAUUCAGAUUUAAGACACAGCUUUCCUCCCUUAAUGCCCUCAUGUAUGGAGACAUCACUGAGUAUAGAUGAACCAACUCAGGUUUCAUAUUCCGACAUUCUUAAUGACUUUGGUUCAUGCCAUGGUCACGAGCUUUCUAGUAAUCGACGACCUGCGAGCCCAUCGACAGUGCACAAAACUGAAAGUGGUUCACUAGUGCUACGAGUGCCGCCUAAAUGGUUCGGCUUGGAAGGUAGUGCGGUGAUUGCCGCUCUCACCGAACUUGUCCACGCCAAUGCGCCGUUUCUGGUACAUGAAGGCUUCAGUGCCAAGGGCUUGAGUGUUAGAGCUGCGUCAGGAGUGCGCGUUGAUGUGGAGGUGACACAGGACUUACAGAGCGCGCAUCUCUCCGUCAAGAUGAAGCGUCUUGCUGGCAACGAAUUGCAGUAUACGCACGUCUGUCAGCAGCUCAUCAACUGCAUGAAUUCCUGAAUUUCCAUACUUCUUGUUCGGGUUGCCAUUUCUGUAUUAGGUUAUAUUUAUUCAUGAUGUCUCAAUCAUUUAACAUUUGCGAUAAAUCCGACUUGUAUUUUCAUCUUGGCAACAUCGAGCCUACACACGGCCAAUGACUUCUACCGUCGUUAUCUAUUGUUAAACUUCUUUUUGGGUGGAUGUCAUUUUCGUGAAAACUUUGAUUCGCCGUAUAUUUUUACAGCCAAAUGUGCUGCUUUCUGGUGGGUUGUGCCUCGAUGUCUUUUGCAGCGUCUUAGACCCAUUGUCUUAAAAUUAUUUGGUAAAAAAUUGGUUGUCAUAUUGGCCUUAACUGAUGUUGAUAAGUGCAUCUUGCCAGUAUUCAAUUGCUAUGAUUGAAUACUUACAUUUUUCUUUACCAUUCGCCCGGCGAGAGGUGGUCGAGCUAAAUGUUCGCUGUAAGUCUGUUGCGCAUGUAUUGUCAGUUCUCAUCUUGUGUGCUGCCAUCUACAGAUUUUAUACGUAAGCUAUGCUGCGGCUUUGAAGUCAAUAAUUAGCUGACUACAUCAGUAUUUUGUAUUUAAUUAUACUGCCUUUGACACAUCUUUGGAAGAAUUGUGUAUUAGCCACAUGUACGCAGCUGAGCUCUUGCAUUUGUUGCGAAUGCUUGUCGACAUGCAAGAUAUACUUGUGUUCGCGACGCCACCGAACUGCUACGCACUAAAUUACUUUCACCGUAGCAAGAAGUAAUAAUUUCAGCCCAUGCAACCUUUACUCAACUUUUGCCUUUACGGGUGAUGGAUAUUUGGCUGGGCAGGGGGAUGUUAUGCAACCUACAUGCUGUUCGCUGGCUUACUAUCUCUAAGAAAUCUAUGCUUACUUGGGUAAGCUUU